UACAUUCUGGUAGUCGGCAUUCUGUGUGCGCAAGGCUUAACAUAGCAAUUUUAGACCAAUAACGGAAUUAAGGAAAUAAGGAAAAGUUAUGUAUUUAAUGCUCACCAUUCUUGGGUUACUGGUCAUACAAAGAAUAAGUUGCUCGGAGCCUCAAUGUUCUAGGUUCCAUUAUGAAGAACAAACUUUGCUGAAAAUGCUUAAACUUGAGCUUUUUGUUGAGAAAAUGAAAGAAGAUAUUCAAUCGACGCAACAGAAGGUGUUGGAAACGUUGCAAAGUUUAGAUAAAGAAAAAACUGGUCUAAAACUUAAACUUGAGCUUUUUGUUGAUAAAAUGAAAGAAGAUAUUCAAUCGACGCAACAGAAGGUGUUGGAAACGUUGCAAAGUUUAGAUAAAGAAAAAAAUGGUCUAAAACAAGACUAUCAGGAAAUGAAAGAAAGAGACGAGGCAGUUAUGUUAAGAUAUGCCCAGGAAGUUGAAAAUCUCAAAGAGUCCGCUAAGCGUCCAACGAUCAUAUUCCAGUCUAAAGGGCUCAUCAAUCUAUCUCCGAGCGCAGGAGAAACGUUGGUGUUCAAAACCACCAUGCUGAAUGAAGGUAACGGCUACAACAACUCUACCGGUGUAUUCACGGCGCCAGCUGCUGGUGUAUAUCUCUUUACAAUACAACUUUGUGCUCAUAGUAAACACGACGCCCAAUAUAUUAUAAUGGCAGAAGACAAGGAAAUCCAAAGGGGCUUUUUCUAUGACACUGAAUCCAACAGCUGUGGUACAGCCAACGGUUUAACUGUCCUCAAGGAAGGACACCGUGUUAGGAUUAAAAUGCAAUACUCGAGGCAGCUGAUGGAAUCUACAACGGCUUGGAAUACCUUUAGUGGUGUUCUUCUACAUACAUAUUAGUAACCGGUAUUUGUA